CUUUUGUACCUUGGAGAAGGCAAAAUACAGGACAAGAACCUCCCACAUUGCAUGAAGCUGACAGAAAUGAUUCUCAAGGAGUUUUGGACAGAGUACUGCAAAAUUAAAGAUGAUCUCAAGAAUUCUCUCAGUCGCAUUUCUCAUACCACUGAUCUUUGGAGUGAUCAGAACCUGGAUAGUUACAUGGCACUAACAGCACAUUUCAUGACAUGCUAUGAUGAUCAUACCAGUGCUAGGCGUGUAUGA